AUGACUCUUUCACUCUCUGUACUGGUAGCAAUCGAGAUGUUCAAUUCCCUGAAUGCACUUUCUGAAGACAACAGCUUGUUCACAAUGCCACCUUGGAGGAAUCCUUGGCUUCUAGUUGCCAUGUCAGUCUCAUUUGGACUCCAUUGCCUCAUACUCUAUGUUCCCUUCCUGGCAGACGUGUUUGGUAUUGUCCCAUUGAGCCUGAACGAGUGGGUUCUAGUCAUCUUGUUUUCAGCUCCUGUGAUUCUAAUCGAUGAGAUUCUCAAAUUUGUGAAACUGCAAGCACCUAGUAGUGAUCCGCAUGUGGCGGCAUCUAGCUUUAUUGGCAUACGCAUUGUGAAGCCCUUUGAGCAACAGUGGAAAAAAGAGGUGCUGAAUCAGCUAAUUGCGGCAAAAAAUCAGCUACUUGUGUCAGGAAUUAAGGCACUAGUGGGCCAAAACGGUUCUUAA